AUCACAUGUCUGCAUGGUCUAAGGUCAGGGUUGGCGUUGCAGGCAAAUGACUUUCAUGCCGUUUCAAUGUCCGUGCAAAAUCUUGUAGAUAUUCCAUGAUGAAUAUCAUAAGAUCCUCGCUGUCCCGCUUCAGUGGAGUGAUAACCUCGAGCAGGAGCAGCUGGUUUCCACCAGGCGCUGUUCUAGAACCCCAGACUUCCAGCGCCAGGUGCUCUCCUCUCUCGUGGCGCGCGGAGGGAGCGGGGGUGUUCCAGCAGCUUCCGUGGCAGUAUCAGCAGAUCCGCACCAGGAAGCGAGGCACGGAGUACCAACCCAAGAACAUCAAAAGGAAGAGGACCCAUGGGUGGAUCAAGAGACUGAGCUCCCAGGGAGGCAUCGAGGUCAUCCUGCGCAGGAUGCUGAAAGGGAGGAAGUCGCUGACACACUGAUGGACACGAAGAAAAGACUACUUCAUGUUGGACUUUCAUCAGACCUGUCCUGGUACUGGAGGUUCUGUGUGAAUAAAUAACCAUUCUUUGGACGCUUGUGCAAAAGGUUGAGAUCUGAGGAUGUUACCACUUUUGGGACGGCUCAGUUUAAGAAGUUAUUCGAUGAUGGUCUGAUUUGUAUCGAAUCAUUUUCGCAUUGUAUUUGAAUAUGUCUGGUUUAACUUGGUCUUUGGACGAACUCUAUAGACCUCAGGCAGCGGAGGGCAGCUACUCUGGGUUGUAAUCAGGCAGGAAGCAGUCACCCAUGAUGGUACCUAUCUUACAGACAGACAGGCUAUCUUACAGACAGACAGGCUAUCUUACAGACAGACAGGCUAUCCUAUACGUCUUGGUUUGAAAUGGCUCAUCAUAUGGAAGUUGUGACUGAAAGACACCAAAUAAUCGUUAUUACUCUUGUCCAUCGGCCGGUUGGGGGCCAUUAAAAUGUGUUUGAAUGUGUGUGCUGCUCUUAAUAAAUACUUGUACAUAAA